AUGGAAUGUGAUGAAUCUUCUGUUAGGCGUCAUCAACCAAUAUUAUGGUCUAAAGAUUCCUUACUAUCUGUGAUAGACAUUGGUCAACACUUACAUAUGACCACCUUUGAUGAAAUGAUUCAGUUGACGAGGCAAAUAAUGGAAAUCAACUUAGUCUUUUCCCUACUACUAGUUUGCUCAAUCAGUUUUGUACUCUCACAUCCUUUCACAGAUGAUUCCAACAACGAUGAUCAAGAUUUAAAAUCAGCAAUCCAAGAUGGCGACACAGUACCACAGGCAGUCAAACGACCCAGCAGCUUUGUUCGAAUAGGUCGAAACCCAAGUUCUUUUGUAAGGAUAGGAAAAGCCUUUGGUCGGUUCAUCCGAAUCGGGAAAAACGAUCCCAAUAAAAGAUUGUCCAGUUUUGUUCGAAUUGGAAAAAGCGAUCCAAACAAAAGAAUAUCUAGCUUUGUUCGAAUAGGAAAAAGUCAAGAAUUUAACCAAGAACCAGAAAAAAGACAAUCGAGCUUCGUUCGCAUCGGAAAAAGUCCUGAAUUAAACGAAAAUGAAAUUCCGAAUAAGCGAUACUCUAGUUUUGUGAGGAUAGGAAAAAGCAUGGAUGAUGGCAGUUUAGAAAAUCCUGACAAGCGGUAUUCAAGUUUCGUACGAAUUGGAAAAAAUAUUGAGAACGAAUUAACAAAUGCAGGUUUAGAGAAGAGACCAUCGAGCUUUGUUCGAAUAGGUAAAAGCUAUUUCGCCGAACCAGGUGAUAUGGACGCUGAAAAACGGUUGUCAAAUUUUGUUAGAAUCGGCAAGAGUGGGUUGGAAGAACCAGAAAUGGAACAAAAACGGGCUUUCGUUCGAAUAGGAAAAAUUCCUUCUUCGGCCUUUGUCAGAAUUGGACGAAUGCCUCUUUAUGACGCUAUCUUGCAGAAACCGCUUGGAUAUUAUAACGUUGCUCGUCGUAUGGGCAAAUCUUCGUUCGUAAGAAUAGGCAAGAGAAACAAUGAAGCUUAAAAUCUUCGACUUGACCAAAUGUAACAUUUUGAACUCAUCAUAAAAUACUCCUGUUACGGAAGAAUUCUUGACUUCCAAUUUAUGUUUCUAUCAAGAAUGGUAGGGUUAUGUUUUUCUUCCGUCCAUGGAUGAAACUUCUAAAUUACGUACAACAUUUGCAACAAUUAUUUAGGAUAUUUUGGCUAUUCUGUAAUCUUUUCAUCUUUUAUGUGGUAUUAUUCCAUGGGAAUGGAUGUGCUGCAACUCUGACUUCUAUUACUUAAACAAUCUAAGGAUUUUGCAAUUGCGAACGUGGUCCCCGUAAUGGUCAUCGGAAUAGUUUGUACUGAAUUGCAUUUACAAUCAAACUUUCAAAUUAUAUUACAAAUAUUAAAUGAUAUCUUAUGCAGUGUGUUCCUCAUUAAAAGAGGGAAUUCGGUAGAAAUAUUGUGAUAACGAACUUGAGCAAUAAAAUCACAAAAAUCAUUCGUAGGUCUCUUCGGUUCCGACGCUGUUGUUGAAUUUGUGAACUAUAUUGUUGACUGUUGAGUGAAACGUUUAAACUCACAAGAGAGAAGAAUGUAAGGGAGCGUUGGUUAUAUACCCCCAAAGUACACCUUUCCUCUUGUGAGUGGUGGCAUUGAGUUGUCAGUUGUAAAUUAAAACAAACCAUUAAAUUGUUAAACAAUGUC